AUGCCCCUGGCAAGUGUAAAGUCGGACACGGACGGAAGCGAGUAUAGCCUGCUUUUGUCAUCGAACAUUGCCUUUUUCAUCAGUGACUCGCUGAGAACAUGGUCUCCAAAUCCGAGAUUUUCCUUCCUUGAUGCCGCAGAUGAGACUUCUGUUCAAAAGGCUAAAAAGCAUCUCGAGAGUCUGUCUACAGUUCCAGCUCUUUUUCCAAAGUCACGCCGUACGUAUUUUGCGGGGCUUCCGAUUUCUUUAGCUAAACAUUCCAACCAAUGCACUGCAAAAUCUCAUUGGCGAGAAAAACAAGUUGCCAAAAUUUGUUGCGAAAAUUUGUUGCCAAAAAUUUACGGACAACUUUUAAUUGGAAACUCUAUUUGUAUUUUAAUGCGAGAUGAGAAGGUGACCAUCAAUGCACCGGUAAAUGGCGACAUUCGCAGGACACCCAUUGAUGUGAACGCAAAUUCUGCCGAGCGUGGUGAGAUUGAAAAUUUCUUGCCCGACAAAAUCAAUCGUGAAUGGGCAGCCAUCAUUAAAAGCAGCCCCUCGCAUUUUCAACCAAUCGGGCGAAAGGGGAGGCUGGAUGGCAGCAAAAGUAUCAAAAGGGACUUGUUUCUUGCGAGAUCUUCUGAUACGGACAUACCAGAUUCACAUGAAAAUCUGUCUUUUUCAGAUUCAUCCUCAGGAGUGCCGGAAAUGUGGUUCCGGGCCGGACCACCGUUGGGGUCUGGAGGCAGAUUUGAUGGCGAUGGUGCGAUUUUUUCAGAAGGCAAAGGUGAUGAUAUCUUCUCGGGGCCCGAGGUUAACCAUAUUCUGCGCAGAAGGAGGCGCUCUUCGCGGCUGCGAAAAAAGGAGGAGCAAAAGAUGCAAAAAAAUGGCACCCAUUGGGCCGGCUUCUCUGAAGAGGAUGCCGAAGACAGACGAAUCGGCGAUGUCAAAGCAAAAGAGAAGCAUCCACAUAGUCCUUUGACCUUUGAACAGGUGUCAUGGGGCGAAAUAUGCGGGUUGGAGACACACCUGUCAACGCUCCAGGAACUUGUCAUUUGGCCCCUAAGGUACCAUCGAUCUCAAUUGGAUCAAUUGCAUGAUGUUGUGUACCCCCAUAUUUUUGAGAGGUUGGGCAUUGGCACUGCCAAAGGAAUUUUGUUUCACGGGCCCCCGGGGACAGGCAAAACUAUGGUUGCGCGCGCACUUGCAACGCUGAUCAGCGAAAAUUCGCCACAUUGCAAGCGUAAAGUGGCCUUUUUUUCGCGCUCCAGCUCUGAAUUGCUCUCAAAAUGGAUUGGAGAGGCUGAAAAGGGGCUACGAAGCCUAUUUCAGCAAGCAAAGGCGAGUGCACCUUCGAUCAUCUUUUUCGAUGAGAUGGAUGGGCUUGCUCCACGGAGGAGUGCCAAGCAGGAUCAGAGCCAUAUAUCACUUGUAAGUAUGUUGCUGACAUUGAUGGACGGGCUUGAGACAAGGGGGAAUGUGGUCAUCAUCGCGGCUACCAACCGCAUUGACGCGAUUGAUCCUGCUCUUCGGAGACCCGGGCGCUUCGACCGCGAGCUCUACUUUGGAUUACCCACUGCCUCCAUGCGAAGAGAGAUGAUCAUGCGCGGAAUGAGCCGCUGUAAUUCGUCGGAAAUCGACAAAGGGCUUGUUGACGGCAUCGCAUUGUGCAUCGAGUCCGUUUACGGCUCGCUGCGGCGAGUAGGGGGCGAUGCAUGGCUCUCCGCUCAAGAUGCAUCUUGUGGCGACCUUUCGCUGCUCAAACAAGAGCCAAUUGACUGGCUUCGGGCCCUCAAAGUGGUGACUUCACGGCUGCGGGGUGCCGAGUCAGAAACGACUAUCAUCAGCGCGCAAUCAGAGUUGGGUCUGCACUCAAAAGCAUUUAGGAUCCUUGAUGAGAUCCUAUGCAACAGAAUUGCGCUGGUACUUGCAGAUGAUGACAGCGGUGCAGAUUUAUCUGCUACCCUUUCAUCAUGGGCCAGUGCAAUGCCGUUGAGAAUGGGGAAGUUGGUUAGAGUCAUCAUCUCACUGGACAUUUACACCCUUUAUGCUGUUAACGAGGGCGACUUUGGCAACAUCACACCUGAAAACAGGCUUGUAUCUAUUCUUGGAAUGGCUUUGAAGAAUCAUGGCUCUAUGUCCACCGAGGAGGAGAGCAUUACCGUUUUCUUCCUACCCUAUGUUGAGCGGUGGCGUACAGCAAUGCAGGGGACGAGAUGCUGGGCUAUUUUCAAGCAUUUCACAUUAAUGAUAUCUGGAUCGCAGAAAAAAAUUCAUUUGCUCUUCUCAUCGUCAAGGAAAAAGUAUUUCCAUGGUGCCGAUGAUAAGCAUCCUCUUGAACAUGUUGGCCGUAUUUUGGGAUACAAACGAGGAAAGCACGCCCAAUCGCCAAAUCAGACUUUGCUUGCAAUCGACAACGUUACCGAUGUGAAGAGCACCGAUUUCUAUCUCGGCAAGCGCAUUGCCUUUGUGUAUCGCGCAAAGGUUGCACGCAGAAUCGCAGGAAAGAGUGUCUCACUGCUCAACAAAAAUAAGGACGGUCAGCCAAAGAAGAGCUGCAUGCGCGUCAUCUGGGGAAAGGUCACACGUCCUCAUGGAAACUCUGGCGUCGUCAAAGCCAAGUUUCGCACAAAUCUGCCACCAAGAGCUUUUGGUGCUUCCUGUCGUAUUGUAAGGUUUUAUUGCUCAUCGUAG